AUGAGCGCGCCCAAUCUUCUCACCAUCCCCGUUGAGCUGCGCGAGCUCAUAUAUGGGUUCCUCUUCAGCAGCUAUACUAUUCGACACGGUUUCAAACACCCACGCGCGCCCAGCACUGAUGACGAGUCUCUGAACCGCACGUCUCUGCUGCUCACCUGUCGCCAAAUCUCCAUAGAGGCAAGCCGCCAUCUUCCCCUCAACUGCACCAUUCACUUCCGCGGCACGGAGAAUCUACUUGAAACACUCCUCUCCAUCGAUCAAAGUGUGCUUACCCGCCUCCGCCACAUUCGAGUCCGCGCCUAUCCCUUUCCUUUGUACCCUGCGCAAACCACACAGUACUACCCAGCCUAUUAUGCGGCAAAUGCGCUUACUUUGCUUCCUGGUUUGUGCCUUGACACGUUAGUUGUGGAAGACUGCUGGCAUGGCUUUGGCAUGGGCGAUGGCUGGCGAGACGUCACCACUUACUUUGAUAUCGAAAGCCUCCUCAAUAGCGACGCGUGGAGAGAACUCACUUACAUAACUCCCUGCACCGACUUCAUCGCCUCAGGCUACGACCAUCGAAGCAAACGCUCAGCCCAGCCAGAGACGUGGGACGCGCUCAUCAAGGAGCGUGAUGGAGCCGAGUACGGCGCAGAAGUCAAAAUGUUCAUUGUUCCAUACGACCAGACAACAGCGACGGGCAGUGCAAGGACGCCCGACGGGCGUAUCAUGCAGCCUUGGGCAGCCAAGCCAGGAAACGAGGUGAUCCAGAACUGGCGCAUCGCAGGGCCAGAGCAAGAUUUAAAGGGCGAGGUGCGCAUCAUAGCGAAGCGCGGCGCGAGAUCAAGAGCCGUACAGCUAGGGCUCAGUGAAAAGAGGACCUGGAAGGAGCUCAAAGGCAAAGCCAGUGGCAGCUUCGCCCCUGAAGGAUGGACCCCGUAUCACAACGACAUGGCCGAUGCAGUUGGGUGGAUAUAUGGCGGCUAUGGACGAAGGAUGCAAUUAGCGGACGCCGCUCUGUCCAGCUGA